AUUUCCACACAUGCGUAGAAGACUACUUCCUCUUAGCAACGUGUUGACAACAAACAUGGCGGUCGGUGCUCUGUGUCAGUGGCUCACUAAUGGAUAGCGGUCGAAAUGUGUACAUAAUACUUAUAUAACACAACAUAAGAGUUUGCCUCUGUCAAGAUGGCUGAAGUAGCGUGUAGUCCCACUCCAGUAGGGAGCGUUGGGAGUGCAGGAAGUGCAGGAAGAGUGACCCUGUCUGAGCCAAGGACACCUUCAGCUGGGUCAAGGGCAGAGGUUAGAGUAUCAUCAGGUCAGUUAUCGAAGAGAAGUUCUGCAGGAUCAUUCAGAGUUAUAAGUGCAGGAAGUGCAAGGAAAACACCAUCCACUCCAGAUUAUAUGAAACCUAUUGUCCGCAGUGCUGUUAGAAGAUGGAAAAGACUACACGAACAAAGUAUGAUGAAACGUUUGGUGGGGAUAAGAAACGAGAAAAAAGAACAUUUACAAGCAGCCAAAGAAGAUGCCAGAAAAUUGGCAAGGAAAAUACCAACAGAACUUUUGGCCAAAGAAUGGCUCCAAAACAACGAGGCCACAGUAGAAGUGAGAGCUUAUUUAGUUGACAAGGUUUUUCCGACUUUGAUUCUGGGCGUAGAGAAGUUACUGUGUGAGGCAGAUAAGCGAGGGUUGUCAGAGGUGGCAUUAAUGGAUCCCAAUUUCAACCCUCUGAACUUCCUAGCUCAGUAUCUGUUGAGGAACAAUCCAAAGUACAGCAACUUUGCAGAGGCCUCGCCGUAUGUCCGUGGUUUGCGUGAAGUGGCAGAGGAAUUACGUAAACAGCUCUUCCACUUGGAAGAUAACAGAUUAGCUCGUAUCAAGGCUGAGGCCAAGCGAAAGCGGGAUGAAAGAGAACUGAAGGAGAUGCGACGGCUUCAGGAGAAACAGAGGAGAGAAGACUGCCUUCUGAAACAGUUCACUGAAUGGAUGCUCAGCUCUCAUGGCAAAGUAGAGUUGGCACUGAUUCAAAACACUCUCAGGUCUUUUGCUGAAAUGGUAGAACUAUUCCCUGAUGACCUGAAAGAGGCUGCCAGGUUUGGGGCUGCCAUUGAGCCAACUGAUGAAAGCGGACGCAUGCUGAACAUGAAGGAAUUUCAUCAGUAUUUGUCAACAUAUAUCGAUCCCCUGCCAACGGAAAUAUUUGAUCAAUUUAUGAUCCACAUGUCCAAGUGUGCACAGGCACAUCACCUAGCAACAGCGAGAGAAGCUCGGCGGAUUAUUCUGACAAAUCUCUUCCUGGCGUGCGAUCAUAGUGGGAUUGGCAUACUUGACCGGCACCGUAUUCUGGAUCUGUUUGAAAGUUUUUGGGAUGCAGCAAAUGAUGAUCUCCGACGCAGCCUCCGCAACCCAAGGAGAUGGCCAGUGGUGGAGGUUGAUGAGACGGAGGACUCUCUGAGUGACGACGAGGACCUGGGUAUGCUGGAUGAUGCGGAGGAGAGAGAAGAGAUGGAGGAUGAAGCCAGGCCUGCAGGGGAUGGAGAGAAGGUAGAAGACAGCCAGGGGGAAGCUCAGGAACAGAAAGACGAUGAAGAUAGCCAGAAACCUGAAUCAGCUGAGAAAGUAGAUGACAGCCAAGAAACACAGCAAGAAACCGAGGGAGAAGCAAAGAAGGAAGAAACAGAAGAACAGAAGGAUGAGAAACAGGAAGAACAGCUGGAGAAGAAGGAAGAAGGAACAGAGGAAAACAAGGAAGCUAAAGAAACAAAACCUGAUGAUGCAGCUGAAAAAGCAGAAGAUGGACAGAAGGCAGAAAGUGAUGAACAGAAGGAAGAAGGGAAGGAAAAAGCUGAUGAAGAAAAAGAUGAACAGGGAGAAGAAAAGAAGGAGGAAGUAAAAGAGGCGCAACAGGAGUCAGGGGAGGAGAACAUGUCUGCCACGGAGAAGCAGACGGAAGAGCAGACGUCGGGGACAGGAAAUCCAACAGAUGCGGAGACGGCAGGUCAAACACAGACUGAGGCAGAGACACAGGAAGUGUCUGAGAAAGAGCAGGCAACACAGGGUCUACCCGAGAAGGAACAGGAUGAAGCUGAACCCAAAGAGGAUGACAAAUCCCUGAAGCUGGACCUGAAGACCAGCGAUGAUGAUAUGAACCCACCCGGAACUACCCAGACUGGUCGGCUCAGUGUCACCUUCGCUCAGGGCACAGAGUUCGACAGAGAGAUCCAGACAGCUGGAACCGUCACCAGUCUCCAGUCACAAAUGUCAGCAUUUGACGAGCACACUUUGAACGUGUCUCAGUUUGUCCAUUUAACUGAGACAUUCAUCGGAGACAGGCCGAAGCGAGCGCUGUUUGAGACGCUGCUCAGAUACAUCAAGGAAGGCUACGAGGAAACGGAGGAUGAGAAGCUGGAAAGACUUUUAAAGGCGAGGAAGGAAGCCCUCUCAUCGAAGCGCAAGGUUCAGAUGGACAACCUGUUUGAGAGAUGGGACAACGACGGCUCCGGGUACCUGGACCUGGACGAGGUGGAGAUGGUCAUGCUGAAGUACAAGGAUGGCCAGGAGGCUGAGGCCAUCAGCAGAGCCAAAGACCAGCUGAGCAAGAAGUCCAAGUACCAUGACCAGAGGCUGAGCAAGAGGGAGUUCCGGACGUUCAUUGACCUGGUGGUGGAUGAGAUUCCAGGAGACUCCUUUGAUUAUCUCGUAGAGUUCCUUGCCAGCAGCAUCGAGAGGUCGUACGCUGACCGUGUCCGAGGUGAUGCCAGGAAGAAGUGGCUCCAGCAAAUCGUAACAGCUGCCGAGACGUCAGGAGCCAGUCUGGAGCCCGUGUACAGAGCUGUCUUCCAAGCUCUCUUCAAGGAUGCUGAGGCUCAUGGGAACAACAAACGUAUCAGCGCCAACAUCGCUAUGCUGGAACGUAACGUCCAGGUCCCUGAACGGGGGGAUGUGUGUCUGAGAUAUGUCGCUUCGACUCCAGAGGACGCCGACUAUGUCCUCACCAAGGUCCUCCACAAGGACAUGAAGGGAAUCAGUUUUGCUGCGGUUGAGUCUGGCAAGCCGAUCCACGUCCCCCGUGUGGCCAACCAUGGGAAUAUCCAUUUCUGGAACACCCAUCGGCACAGAGAUGAAAGAGAGGGGUCGUUUAUUGUGAUUCCACUUAAGGACAGGCGGAAGCGUGUGUUUGGCGUCAUGGGCGUUGACACACUCUCCGAUCCUCACACAAAGGCCAUUUUCAUUACUCACGAGAUUCAGUUCUUCCAGGGUGUGGCGAAGGCGUUCAGUGUUGCGUACCACCACGUGGACAUGAGGAAGAAGCUGUUGCGCAUCACGGAGAGCGCAGUGUCGUGGAUCCAGCGCCGCAGCCCGCACGUGACGGAGGUGGUCUUCUACAUGGUGGAGCCUGACGGGAAGGGCCAGGACUACGUGCUCCGUAAGAUGAUGAUGACAGACAACCGUGGCAACCCUGUGCAGCCAGAGAACCCGGCCAGGCUGGAGAGGAAGGAUAACCUGUUCAGGGACUAUCUGUUCAAGUCUGUGGACAACUCCGAGUCAGUGACAGCUGAUGCUUAUGGUGAGCGUCACCUGGCGUUCCCCCUCCGAGACGAUCAGGGCCGAGCCGUAGCCAUCAUCGACAUCAGUAUCGGCACCAUGAAGAAACUCCCUGCCCACGAGAACAAGGAGGCGCUGAGGAUGCUGAGACUGCUGCAGAUGGCCCACAAAGAGAUUGCUUCUGAGUUUGCAGGCGAGGAGUCCAUGAGGAUUCUAGAUGCUGAGAAGGAUGACAAUGCACGGAUGGACAUCAUGUUUGAUCGGCUGAUGCUGAUGGAGCUGAGGGACAACGUGACCAAGCUGGACACACAGGCGUACGCCGAGCUGAAGAGUUACAACGAGCCGCCGGCCAUCAUCCUGGAUAUUCUGAAGGCCACCAUUGCAAUAUUCUACCUGGAGAAGGUGGAGACCGGGGAGUUUGAUGACUGGACCAGAGUCAAGGGGUUUAUCAAUGCUGACCUGAAUCAGAAGAUUGCCGACUUCGAUCCCACUGCCCAGGAAGACCUCCUGCCUUCGGAGAAGUUCGAACAUUAUCUCAGAGAUGUGCCUCAUGGUGAAGUUGCCAAGUAUGGUUCGCUGCCGGCACAGCACUUGUACAACUGGGUGUUUGUCUGUCUGUCUCUCAUCGAACAUACGCGCAAGAUGAGACAGAACAAGAUGGAGAAUGCAGUGCCUGCUGAGGCAGAUUCCGCAGCUGAGGACUAGAAACUACUUUCCUUAACACUAUCAGAGAAACUACUUUCCAUAAAAUUAUCACAGAAAUAACUUUUCACAAUACUAAUGCAGAAGCUACUUUCCAUAACACUAUCAGAGAAAUUACUGUCCAUAAAAUUAUCACAGAAAUUGCUUUCCACAAUACUAAUGCAGAAGCUACUUUCCAUAACACUAUCAGAGAAAUUACUGUCCAUUAAACUAUCACAGAAAUUACAUUCCAUAAAAUUAUCACAGAAACUACUUCCCAUAGCAUUAUCACAGAAACUACUUUCCAUAGCAUUAUCAGAGAAAUUACUUUCCAUAAUACUAAUGCAGAAACUACUUUCCAUAACAUCAUCAGAGAAACUACUUUCCAUAACACUAUCAGAGAAACUACUUUUCAUAGCAUUAUCACAGUGAAAUACACUGCUGUGCUAACCACAAUCAACUUGUCAUUGUACAAUUGUUUGUUCCAUUCUACAAGGUAACUGAACUGAUUAUUUGUUUGAUAUCAUUUUUGUAUCAUUGUUGUUGCUCAGAUCAAAAGUUCUAGAAUUUAGAAGAAAUAAUCUGUUACAUUUUUUACCAUUAUGUAUAAUUUUGUUUAUUUUUCAAUAUUCAAUAUUCCUGCAGCUGGAUCACAUCAAUAACUUCCAGGGACCAAAGCUUGCCUUCAGAUCAGUUUGAUCCAUUGCCUUACCAAACUUUCCCUCAUGCGAGUCUGCAAUUAGCCAACUGCUGAAAUGGAUGAAAUAUUCCUGGAACAACCUAUCCAUAUUUAGAAAUUAUUUUCAUGUACUCGUAUUUUUCAAUUUUCUCAUGUACUGAAUGUAUAUUUGACAUAUAUUUGCAGUAUUAAUUUAGUGGCUGUUGUGUACAUUCCUUGCUGAGUAUGUAACUGUGAUAUGUACAUAAAUCUACAUGUAGGAUGGCUGUUGUAAAUAUUGUGAACUUUAUUAUGAGAAGUAUUAUUAUUAUGUGUAUUGUAGGUGUGUUUUAGUGGUAAUAAAUCAUUCAAUUUGAA